UAUAAAUUAACAAAUAGCUUUCCGCUGUAAAAAUGAAACAUAACGAGGACUUAUCAAGUGUAAUGGAGACUCCAAGCAGCUCCAAAAAGGCCAAAGUAAAGGUCCGUCAUGUAAAGACUUUCAGACCUAGGAAGGACCUAAAUGACAAAAGCGUCAGCUCAAUGAUAAAGAAUAUGAAGUCCUUUGCUUCUUUCUACAAGACUGAUGAAAAUAAGCAGAAGAUUAAUUUCCUUGAGCUUCAGAAAAAUGCAAUGAUAAUGUCUGAAUUAAAUCUUAAUUUUUAACACAAGCCAGAGUAAAAAGAACAAAAAAUAUUCGCAAGACCAGCAGAUGUGUAUAAGGUCACUAGCAUGUAGCAAAAUGGAGACAUUUGCCAAGAAUUUCUUAAUGAAAAAGUUAAGCUACAGGAAAGCAAUUACUAAGCCUAGAGAACAGGAAAUAAAGCAGUUCAGGUUUAUCUACCCAAGUAACCCCUCUUUGGUUAAAGCUCUCAUAGGCAUUCAAAAACAGAAAUAGGACCGAUGAAUGAAUCAGCACUAGCAAUGAACACCAGCGCUGCAAGAAUAAAUCAUCUAAGAAGUAUUUAAUUAAUGAAAAUCUGGUGUAUCCGAACCAGAGUUUAUUCCUCAGCCCUGAUGACAAGAUUUUGGAGAACCAAUCUGCCGCUGACCUGCAUAGGGCCAAGUUCAUGAAGUCUCCUCAUAAGCAUAUAUUUGCUCACAGAAGUAGCCUAAGUGGGUAUAAUACACCCAAAGCUAGGGCUAAGUCAUACGUCAACUCCACAACAGCUAAGCUUGGUAACAACUACUGAACGAAGAGUACAGAUAGCAAGAAUGGAGAGUUCAUCAGCCCAAUCUCAAUCAAACCUUGUAGUUCAAAAACAAAAUUUCCACCACCAGGAGAGCCCGAUAAGAGAAGAUGGACUAAAUCAAAUAAUUUGUUGAAUAUAACUCCAGUUAAGGCUUCUGAUUUGAACCCAAAUCAAACAUCAACGUUCAAAGUAGGCAAGGGUAGUGACAAGAAAGGCAUCCGAAAGGUUUCUCUCCCGUCUAAAAGGUUCAACAGAACAUCAAGGCUUUCAACACUAUCUAAGAGUGGGAGUAUGGUUAAAAUUAGGCCAUUUCCUUAAGAAGACUCAU